ACGGGUGAAGAAAGGAAGGUAAUCGGUGUAGAAGAGAGGGAAUACAAUCGUACUCUUCCCUUAUGAAGUCGCACCCACCUCCCUCGGAGCGAUGUUGCUGCUCCUGCUAGUGCUUCUUUGCCGGACGGCUAUCUGCCGGACCCUCUUACUAGAAGAUGAUCCCUGCUAUGACGAUGUCGGGAGACCCCUCCGCUGUAUCCCGGACUUCGUCAAUGCCGCUUUUGGGAGAAUGGUUGUUGCUAGCAGCAGUGAACCUACCAAUCCAGCACGAUACUUGACAGAUCUUAAUAACCCGAGUAAUGUCACCUGUUGGACGUCAAAUAUUAAUUCCACCGAAACGGUGGUCAAUCUCACCUUAUCACUCGGGAAAAAGUAUGAACUUACUUAUAUAAGUCUACAAUUUUGUGGACCGAAACCAGACUCACUAGCCAUCUAUAAGAGCAUGAACUAUGGAGAAACAUGGUUGCCCUUCCAAUUCUAUUCUUCACAAUGUAGAAAAGUAUUUGGGAAGGUUCCCAAUGUACCUUUGACACGUUCCAAUGAACAGGAAAGCUUAUGUGCAGAUGCCAGGAUUGGUAUCGAACCUGCCACCGGCGGCCGUGUAGCCUUCAGCACUUUAGAAGGACGGCCAUCAGCAUACGAUUUCGAUAACAGCCCUGUUCUGCAAGACUGGGUGACAGCCACAGAUAUUCGUGUGGUAUUAGUUCGAGUUCACCCUUGGUCUAUGACCACUCUCUCGCCAAACGACACAGAACUGUCCACUGUCUACAGUGUGUCCGAUUUGGCCAUAGGGGGCAGAUGCAAAUGCAACGGACACGCGUCGCGUUGCGUAAUGGGCAGUGACGGUUCCCUCGCAUGUGACUGUAAACAUAACACAGCCGGCAGAGACUGUGAAAAAUGUAAACCUUUCCAUUUCGAUCGACCGUGGAGACGUGCAACCGCACAAAACGUUCACGAAUGCAUAGCGUGCAACUGCAAUCAACACGCGCGAAGAUGUCGUUUCAACAUGGAGCUUUAUAUACUAUCUGGAGAGACGUCUGGUGGCGUAUGUUUGAACUGUAGACAUAACACAGCCGGUAGGCACUGCCACUACUGCAAAGAAGGCUACUACAGAGAUGUGACUAAGCCUAUAACGCACAGAAAAGCUUGCAAAGCUUGCGAUUGCCAUCCUGUGGGGUCAUCGGGUCUGACCUGCAAUCAGACAAAUGGACAGUGUCCGUGCAAAGAUGGAGUUACAGGAACUACUUGCAACCGAUGUGCGAAAGGGUAUUUUCAAAGCCGUUCCACAGUCGCUCCUUGUAUCAAAGUUUUCAAAACAGACAAGUCUAAACACGAUACUAAAACUGAUAAAUGUGGGAAAUGCCCGGCAAGAAGAAAAAGACUGAAUUUAAAAAAAUACUGCAAACGAGAUUAUGCCAUUCAAGCCGAUAUAAACUCGCGAGAAACAGUUGGAGACUGGGUUCGAUUUGGAAUUCACGUGCGGCACGUUUUCAAAGCGGGCCCCAUCAAACUCAGGACCGGGACUCAAUCUCUCUGGAUUUCACAGGCUGAAAUUGCCUGCAGCUGUCCGAAACUCAGGCUGAAACAUUCCUAUCUGAUAUUAGGAAAUAACCAGGAAGGAAGAAAAUACUCAGGUUUGCAUGCCAGCAGAGACAGUACGGUUAUCGAAUGGAAAGAUGAUUGGCCAUGGCGCAUGCGCAGGUUCCAAAGACGGCAAAGAAACGGACGAUGCAAAAUGUCAUGAACAAUUCACUAACAUUUGAAACCCUGAAAUCAUCUCCUAUGAUGCGUUUCUCUAUUGAACAUUUUUACAUUUCUUGAAGAAUGUCACUGCUUCAUGUAACAUCAGAUAGAACUUUUACCAUUUGAUAUUGCAGAACAACCACUUUUGUUGUAAAUAGCGAAAAAGUACUUGUGGAUGAUAAAUAUAAUUUGUAACCCAUGUAUAGUUGGUCUGAAGUAUUUUUGGAAUGAAACAUUUCAUUAGUAAGUGAUCUGUAAAAGCAUGUACUAUAUUAUAGCUAGCAUAGAGAACUUAAUUGUCAAUAAAAACUUGAAAAGUGUUGGAAUUAGCAGAACAUUGCAAUAUUUUUACAAGAUUAAAAAAAAAUGGAUGUUUUUAAAAGCAAAAUUAAUUUUCACUUGAUAUAUAGAAAAUCAAUUAGUAAAUAAUAACAAUAUUAAUGUUAUUGGGAAUUUAAAAUGGUAGAUUAGGCAUAACUUUUCAGCAAUUUAACAAUUCUAAACAAAAAACCAUUACAUAUUGUCUGAAAUCAAGAGAUUUCAUACCUGUAAUCUGAUAGGUGUCCAACUAUUCUUUUUCUUUUUUUCUCAUUCUGUAUAAUGAUUUUACGAUAAUUUUCUGCUUAUUUGAUAAUUUAUUUAUUUGCAGAAAGCUUUUACUUGUGUGUGAACUGCAAAUUGCA